AUGGCGGCACGCGAACGUAAAUAUGCCGGGCUCCCGGACAUGGACGAUGCCCCUGAUAUAUACGAGACACCAGAACUGACCGAUGAUGUCUCCACGGUCCCAACGACGACAGCGCACACUCACUCGGACGAUGAGUUUUUCGAUGUCGAGGACGAUACCCAACCGAUCUCGCGGUCACGGCUCCGCAUCAACGAAGCUCGUUCCAGAUUUAUGCCCGCGAGUGUCGAUGCCAACGGGGUCGAUUUCUCGGAUCGCGUUGAUGGGAAGCGAAAGUCUUACAAGGCGUCGAGUCGCCGGCAGCGAAUCUUACAGGACGGCACGGAAGAGCUGGGUGACUUAUCAGAUGACGACGACGACGAGAGUCUUGAGAGGAGGAUCGCCCGUCUGAAGCGAGAGGUGGAGGAAGCCAAGGACGAAUAUUCCAGAAGGAAAGCUACGGCUUCAUCUACGGAAGCGGGAGACUCGGGGGCGACGGAGCGGUUGGACAGCUUGAGCCAGGUUCUGCACCAGAUAUCCCAGCCUGUGGGGGUCGCAACCGCUCUCCGGCCGACCCAGCGCGCCCCGGAACCUGCUCAGGCAGACGAUGCAGAGCUGUCAGGGGAACAAGGCGCCACCUACACAAUAACCUACGCCCCGUCGUACGAGCAAACCCACGCCUUGGCUAAGGCGGCAGAUUUCGACCGCCGAUUACUACUACUGGAGAAGGGUCUCGGCAUCAGCUCCGCGUCCAUCCCUGAAGCAAACUCCGAAGGCAUACCCCGAGCCGUUCUGCCCACCCUCGACUCCCUGGACAAGCAGAUCACAACGCUCUCGCAGGCGACGACCGCCAACCUGGACGCGAUCAGCCGGAGGGUCCGCACCCUCGCCCUGGAGCAGGACAAGCUCAACGAGUCGCGGGAGAAGGCCAAGACGCUGAGGGAGGAGCUGGGGAAACAAGUCUCGACCCCCGGGGAGGAGGACUCCGAGCAGGACGCCAAGAUCAACGCCCUGUACGCGAUCCUGCCCACGAUUGAGAACCUCACGCCGAUGCUCCCGCCUCUCCUGGACCGCCUGCGGUCCCUGAAAGCCAUCCACGCCGAUGCGGCCACUGCCAGCGAAACGCUCGACCGGAUCCAGAAAGACCAGGCCGACAUGGCGGCCGAGUUGAAGCAAUGGAGAAGCGGUAUCGAGAAGAUGGAAAGCACAAUGGGGAAGGGGGAUGAAACCGUCAAAAGCAACAUGAAAGUGAUGCAGGGGUGGGUGAAGGAUUUGGAAGAGAGGAUGUCGAAAUUGAAUUAUUUAGUACAUCAUCCUAUCACCAUGGCCGCUGCUACUCCAGACACCGGUGUCGAAUACUUUGACAUUCUGUACUUCGCCGGGGCGAGCUCGAUUACUGGGAAGGAAAGGGAACAACUACACGCUCCGCUACCACUGGGGCAGCUGUUUGCGCAGCUCGAAUCAAAAUACCCAGGAAUCAAGACACAGAUCCUUGAUUCCUGUCUCGUGACGAUCAACCUUGAUUAUAUAGACGUUCCAGCUGAAACGUCCGCCGAGGGCGAGGGCUUGGUGAUCCAACCCGGCGAUGAGGUUGCGAUAAUCCCCCCUGUUAGCUCAGGCUGA